GCUGUCACCACAGUCCGCACGCGCCACUGGCUGCGCGCAGUGACAAUCAGGGAGACUACCAUUACGUCAUUGCGGUGCGGUAGACGAUUGGUUGGCAGCCCUGCAUAAUCUCGCCACUGAGAAGCUAAAGGCUUGUUCACCAUGUUGGAUCAACUGCCCAUCUUAGUUGCCCUGUGACCAGUAGUUGGACCAUGACAGUGGCGACGGCGCUGUAGAGCUUCCACCGAGCGGCGUCCUCUCCCCCAGCCCCGACACCGAGGGAACGGAAGGACUACUGUUUGGGUUUGGGGACACCGAUCAGCUAACUCCACACUGUCAUUGUGAAGAACGUUACUGGCGUGUUCUUUGCAGCUGAUCCCGCAUUAAUAGGACUGAACUUUUCUCCGCAUUGUUUUUUUCGUUACCCUGGAUGUGUGCAUGUGAGCCACAUCGGCUAAACCCAGACUGUCCAUGGGGGAAACAAGUUUCCCGCGAGCCGUCUGCCAGGAUUCCUCUGUUGAUCCUUUGAGUCAUGCUCGAAGCUUCGUCACUCGGUCACAGUGAUGGAGAUUUAUUUCGUUGGAGCGGUGUAAUAAUAUGUGAAUGGAGUGGAUGGCGGAGGCCUGGGCCUGCGUGCGCUGUUGUAUUGUGGCCUGGGCUGGGAUCCACCUCCUCUGCACCGGAUCAGCAGCGGUAAAUAGGGCUCAGAGAUUAGCCGUGUUUACAGAGUAGCUGUCUGGCCUGUGCACACACCUGAACAAGAAUAGAUGCGAUUUCUAGGCCGCGUGGAGCUCCUGCCGCGGGAUCCGAGCGUGUGGCAGACCUGGACACUUUCAAAAGAUGCACGCGCUGCUUCUAUGUGACGGGCUUUAGGUCUCACUGAGCUAUCUGGACAGGGAAGCUGAAUUUCAUCAGGGGGGAGGAGGGGGGCGCCACCUCUAUCAUGAGGGACAUUUAGGGCCACCUUUUUAUUUCUAGAGCGGCUGCUCAUUGCUGUACAUGCUCAUGAUAUGGUUUGUUAUUAGCCUCAGGCUACAUAGCCUAAGCAGGAAAAUUUAUUUAUAGGAAGUGGGUCAGAUCCUUGUUGCCAUUAUGGUAAGGAGGCACAUCAAAAUGGUAGUUCUCCCCACAGAUUCAAAGUAGGCUUUGCUGCUGUUGGAUCAUUGAAACCCCAAAUCUGUUUUCUCAAUGUUUCCUGUCAGUUUUAUUUGUGGUGUAGCAGCCUGGUAGCCAUUCUCAUCACCUUUAGAGGCAUUCACUAUCAUUUAAUGGCUCUUUGCGGCACAGCGGCUACAAAUGUUACAAAAAUGAUGGCUGCUUACAACGGUGUCUCCUCAGCAGUGGCUGCCCAUCACCCCCACCACCACCACCAGCUCCAGCACCUUCCGCCCCCCCACAUGCUCCACCACCACUUACAGCACCCUGGCUCUGCCGCCGCCGUGCACACGGUUCAGCAACACACCUCCUCUGCUGCCGCUGCAGCAGUCAUGCUCAACCCAGGCCAGCAGCAGCCCUACUUUCCCUCUCCAGCUCCCGGACAAGCCCCCGGGCCGGCGGCAGCCGUGGCUCCCGCACAGGUUCAAGCCGCCUCUACUGUCAAAGCUCACCACCACCACCACAAUCAACAGCAACACACCCACCACCUGCAACAGCAGCUGGAUAUAGAGCCUGACAGGCCCAUCGGCUAUGGAGCCUUUGGGGUUGUCUGGUCAGUGACAGACCCCAGAGAUGGAAAGCGGGUUGCCCUCAAAAAAAUGCCCAAUGUCUUCCAAAAUCUUGUUUCUUGCAAGAGGGUAUUUCGGGAGCUUAAGAUGCUAUGUUUCUUCAAACAUGAAAAUGUGCUCUCUGCUCUGGACAUACUGCAGCCUCCACACAUCGAUUACUUUGAAGAAAUCUAUGUGGUGACUGAACUGAUGCAAAGUGACCUCCAUAAGAUCAUCGUAUCACCACAGCCUCUGAGCCCAGACCACGCCAAAGUUUUUCUUUAUCAGAUUCUACGAGGGCUUAAAUACCUUCAUUCUGCUGGCAUUCUACAUCGAGACAUCAAGCCUGGCAACCUCCUGGUCAACAGCAACUGUGUGCUCAAGAUCUGUGAUUUUGGCCUGGCCCGAGUGGAGGAGUCAGACGAGUCACGGCACAUGACUCAGGAAGUGGUGACACAGUACUACCGCGCUCCUGAGAUUCUCAUGGGGAGCCGCCACUAUUCCAACUCCAUUGAUAUCUGGUCUGUGGGCUGCAUCUUUGCUGAGCUGCUGGGGAGACGCAUACUCUUCCAAGCCCAAAGUCCCAUUCAGCAGUUGGAUUUAAUCACUGACCUGUUGGGGACUCCCUCUAUGGAGGCGAUGAGGACAGCUUGUGAAGGCGCACGCACACACAUUCUGAGAGGACCUCACAAACAGCCAUCCCUUCCGGUUCUGUACACACUGUCUAGCCAAGCAACCCAUGAAGCUGUCCACCUCCUCUGCAGGAUGCUGGUGUUUGAUCCGUCAAAGAGGAUUUCAGCGAAGGAUGCUCUGGCUCACCCUUACCUGGAUGAGGGUCGACUGCGCUACCACACAUGCAUGUGCAAAUGCUGCUACACCACUUCCUCUGGCCGUGUUUACACAAGUGACUUUGAGCCUGUCACUAAUCCCAAGUUUGAUGAUGGCUUUGAGAAGAACCUCAGCUCUGUCAGACAGGUCAAAGAGAUCAUCCAUCAGUUCAUUUUGGAACAGCAAAAGGGGAGUCGAGUGCCACUCUGCAUUAACCCUCAGUCAGCAGCUUUCAAAAGCUUUAUCAGCUCCACAGUGGCUCAGCCCUCUGAAAUGCCUCCAUCUCCGCUGGUGUGGGAAUAGCUGCUGUUGUGUGUCAUCAUCUUUCCCAACUGACAAGCUGCUGAACUGGGAACAAGAACGUGUCUCAACGUCUUCUUACAUCUGCGUAGCAUUUCACUGGAGAGCAGGAUUCACAGGUCUUCUGUGUGUGUGCUUAAUAUGAAACAAACUGAUAACUGCUUUAUAGAGGUGUAUUAGACGGGUUUGAUAUGCAAAUGGUAAGACAGAUGCUCUGUGGAUCAAAUCAGAAUGUUUUAAACCAACCCAUUGUUAAAGAUUGAACAGUUAUUGCAUCAUAAUGAAUUACAUUUGUUUUGCUAUUAAUACAAAUUUUUAAAGGAUUCUGUAAUCACAAUCAGGCUACUCUGCAUUAUCACACCCACCUUCACCUCUGCACCAGUAAAUGAAAUUUUAUUCAUACAAUCGAUUGUAAUUGUGCACAACAUUUUUCACAAUUCCCAUACUUUAUUAGAAAGUACUUACUAAAAAUAAGUUAUUCCAGGAAUGUCCCCUUAUGUCCCACUAUGGCCCCCGCACCUCUGGCCAUCGUUUUUACUUAUGUAACAAUUCAUUUGCCAAAGAUUAGCAGCCUCAUGUAUAAAUAAUGCAUACACAUUAAGAUUGUGAGCAAACUUGCCAGGUUUGGGAUUUAUAAAAUGUUGUACAUUUUGUAGUGCAGUGAUUGAAUGUCAAACAGUAUAUUCAUUUCAUGCAUAAUUUGCAUGAUUACUUUUGAUUUGUUGUAUUGUAUGUACAGCACAGCGACAUGCAAAAGACACAUACCCACUUUACUGUUGCUUCUUUUCAUCAUUUCAUAGCUUGUCAUCUAUUCACAGUGUCAUCCUUCCAGGUAGAAUGCACAUCUAAUCAGUUCACAGUCUGCAAAGUCAUUUAGUUAUAUACCCACAACAGGGUACUUUUAUCUAUUUUCAGGUCAAAACAUAAUGAAGUGAAUUGCUGCCAUGGACAUUUUAACCAUUCACGGUGGUCAAAGAAGAUGAGAGUAUACAGAAAUCCACAAUUUGAGGUGCCAAACGCACAUCAGAAAGAAACUUAUCAUUCAUCAAGGCCUGGAGGAGCUGAGGAUCUGAUUAGCGAAUGACCCUCUCUACCUUGUGAGACACAGCUACCCCAGUAAUAUGUCUGCUAUUUUGUGCAUGAAUGAAUGUAUGCAAAUGUUUAUACAUGAGGCUUUAAAAAUUAAGUUGAACCUGUCCCAGAAUGUAAACCUAUCCUGUUCAGUCAUUGUGGAAAGAGUCCGGUGUCCCCUUGAGAGGCCGACAGCAGCUUUGUUUCUGUUUAGAAUACAGAGUGCUCACAGUGCUCAUUAGACUAGCAUGUUCCUGUGCUGAAUUUCAAUCUGCUGGGGUUUUUAGAUGUAUAGUAUUUUGUUGUUGAGAUCAUUCGAUUUUGAAGAUGAAGGUUUAAAUACACACUUACAUGUUGCAUGACAAACAAUUUAAUGUUUCUCUGAAUAGGAAAUAAAUCGGAAAAAGGAUCGUACUAAAAGCCCUUCUUCCAAACAAGAUGACACAGCUGAUCUUAAGAAAGCCUACAGUCCAUGAUGAAGGGAAAAUGAGCAGAACAGAUUCUACAAUGCUAAUCUGCACCCUCCUUUGGCUAGCCAUAUUCAGUUCAGUGCUGGUGUAUGGUUAAACCGUCAGCCUGACUGAAGAGUUGUUUUGUUAUAAAGGAAUGUGUACUAAUUUCAUUACUUGGACAAUGUAAGUAAAAGUAAGUAACUAUUCACACAGUCAAACUGAGCACAUUUCAUCCCAAACAGUAUUAACAGAAAUAUUAAUGGAAAAAAUGUGGAAACACAUUAUACUAUCUGGGGCUUAUUUUUUGUAGUGUGGGCCAUCCUUCCUGUUUAUGAGAACAUGAUGUUGGUUCAUAAGAUGCAUUUUUACCACACAACAGCCAUGUCUCUGCUUUAAAUCAGGUUUAGGGCAGGGGACCUAACACUCUUUUUCUUCUUCUACAUUUCUUGUGACACAACUUUACAGUAUUCAUGGGGCAACAUCCACACUUCAGCUGUGUUAUCUAAACCACUUAUUUGGAUGUUACCACCAAGUUUCCCAAAACAUCUGUUGGAAACCAUGCAAUUACCCACACUGCUGUGCUUACUAACCCUAACCCUCUAACCAGAUUUUGGAGGAAAUAACUGGAAGCUACCAUAUUGGCUUGAGACCGGUCUAUCCCUGGGGCCCCUCCAAACAAUGACGGACAUGGUUGUUGAUUUUUUGCAUAUUUUAAAGAAAUCUCAAUUUCCAAAGGUUUUGUCAUUUUUAACAUACUGUAGCAAAACAUGCUUAAAAGUAGCUGGGACAUGUCAACGGUCACAUGUGUGAUCAAGGUCUGCUUAAAUCCACACAACCCAACUUUGGACCAAACUGGCAUGUUUUGACAAACUGAGGAGACAGGGGUUCUCUGUGAUUUUAUUACAGGUAUAUUUCUUAUGAUGUGACUGAGUACUUGUUCUAUUGGUUGGAAAGCUAAAGAGAGGCUAAAGUUUUUCCCAUAAGUAAUAAAAAUGAUGGCCAACACUAUGAGAAUCAGACCCAGAUUGUUUAGAAGUCCUUAAAA